AGCGUGUGGGGUCCCAGUUUAUCACCUGCAAAAGUGGAACAAGUUGGCAGUCAGAAAAACUAAAAAUAUAUAUGUAGUAUAUUCAAUUAACCUUGAAUAUCAACCAUUAAAUUUCAAAAUGAGUGUGACAAAAGGAAAACAGGGUACAAAAGGCAGUAAGCAAAUCGUCGAGGAAAACAUAGCAACUCUCAAAUUUUAUAGAAAUAUGGCCUGUGGCUCAACUGCGUGCAACAUAUUGAUAAGUUGUAUAUUUUCCGAACCAUUCAAUGGACUCCAUGUGCAAAAAAGUCACAAACAUUAACAAAACAAAGCACGGAAAAAAUCUUAAACGAAUAUUAAUAAUUAAAAAUUCACGGAAAAUAAUGUUUUGGAAAAGUGAAUGGUUCAAACAUUAUGCUUCUUUUGACUGUCACAAUCAAUGGUGGAAGCUACUAUUUUAUGGCUAUGAUGAGUAGACCCCAGUAUUCUGAUACGGGAAGUCUGUUGGAUUCUGGAAGCGAUUUAAAUAUAGAUGGAGGAAUAGCGGAUUUGCCGUUAAUCCGGUGAGGUGUGGGAGCAUCGGCAUUUUCCCAGUCGCCGACGAUGAACAUCGCUGGAUGGAAGAUGAUCUAAAAAGAGAGAAAUAGAAACUGUUUUUAACAAUUAAAUAACACCGAAUGUUGCGACGCGCAGCACGCCCCUCGAUCGAGAUAAGAGCGAUAGUUAUAACAGGGCAUCCUUAUCGUUAAGGUGAUUGGUAGCUGUAGGCUACCCGUUAUUACUAGACGCUGCCAAUGGUUCGAAGAAAUCCGCGACAUCCAAGAGGGCGAUUUAGUGAUUAUGAUCGGCAACGAGGCAAGAAAUCAGUAUGUAAGAGGACGAGUAGAGAAGGUGUUUCCGGGACGUGAUGGACGCAUACGGCAUGCGCACCGCUAACGGGGUCUACAGGAGGCCAGUCGUCAAGCUUGCCGUGCUCGACGUCGCGUCGCAUGGUAGUGAUGGUAAACCUGGUCAAGCCGCAUCGGAUUAACCAAUCGUCACCAGCCUUUACGGGUGGGGGGAUGUUGCGACGCGCAGCACGCCCCUCGGUCGAGAUAAGAGUGAUAGUUAUAACAGGGCAUCCUUAUCGUUAAGGUGAUUGGUAGCUGUAGGUAGCAGGCUAGGUAGCAGUCACGAUCACGAUGACAUCAAAAGAGCGAUCUGUCAUAUGUGAUGAGUUGCGAAAUUGAGAUUCGGUAUAUGAUUAUUUGCUUUAGUUGGUUUCGAUUUUGCUAGUUUAAAAACUAUUAUAUUUCAUUCAUUACAAUUCCUAGUGUGACCCUAGAGUUCGAUACACUUAACUGCAUCCCCAUCGCUAUUUCUAGCCCAGUGCCCAUUGGUUCUGCCCUCUGGCUCUGGAAUUACAAGAACACGUAGCUCCUAAAUUCGUAUAGAACGCGCAAUUGAAAGCAAUAACAGCCCAGGUCUUACGGUAGAACACUAAAACUCUUAAAGCGAUCAACAAUCAACAACCCGUGUUUCGCUACAAAGAUUUGGUAAUUCUCCUAAUAAAAUCUUUAAGAGUUUUAUUCGCCAAUGAUGCAGGCGGAAAAUACCUCUGGCUUCAAUUGUCGUUCAUGCAACGAACAUGACGCCGUCGAUGCGAUGGUGGCGUGUGAUGCCUGUUGCAACUGGCAUCAUUUUAAGUGCGUUGGAGUAGAUCAUACGGUAAAGGAUCGUCGCUGGGUAUGCAAGGAGUGUGAAUCCGUUACGGCUGCUGGUCAACUGAACCUCCCACCGACGAAAGGUAAAGCCACAAAGGUAAGUGGUAGCAAAACGUCGAAGUCGCGCAGCAAAAAGGCAGAGAAAACCGUCGGAUCGAAGGUGAGUGUCACUUCAAGUACUCGAGCGGCUGCGCUGGAAGCCCAGAUGCGCUUGAUCGAAGAGGAAGAACGGCUGAACGAAGAAGAGUUGAAAGAGAGAGAAGAACUACAGCGGCAGGAGUUUGUGGAAGAGCAGCGUAAGUUCGAGAUUAAGAAAAAACUCAUGGAGGAAGAGACGAAGCUUCGUGAAACGGAGCUGUUGAAGCAAAAGGAGCUACAGGAAAAGAUGAUGCAGCUACGACGGGAAUCUAUGGAGAAGAAGAAAGAGUUGAUGCGACAGCAAGCGGAGCUUAGCGAGUCACCGUCGUCAUCCCAUAUCUCGAAGUCUGAAAGAAUCAAGAAUUGGCUUACAUCACAACAACAGACAGAGGGAGACAAUUUGGGUAAUCAUGCCUCACGGAUCUCCACGUCGAAUUCCCCCCUUGCGAAUCCGGAAUCGCCUCAACAGCCGAGACGACAGUUGGUGGCACCUAGUCUACCUACAUCUCAGAUGGCCAACCUCUCGUUACAUGAUGACCACGUCACGAACCUCGCAUUACCAACAGCGUAUAUGCAAAUCGCCGCCCGUCAAGUUACGGGUAAGGAUCUUCCUGAGUUUAACGGCAACCCGGAGGACUGGCCGAUGUUUAUUCGGACCUAUGAGGAAACCACGAACGCCUGUGGAUUUACAGAUGUGGAGAAUUUAGUCCGGCUUCAAAAAUGUCUGCGGGGAAUUGCCCGAGAAACCGUACGCAGUCGCCUCAUGAUGCCGGCCGGCGUUCCGCACGUGAUAAAAACUCUACAGAUGCGCUUUGGUCGACCCGAGCUUAUCAUUCGUUCACUUCUUGAGCGCAUUCGUCGCGUUCCAGUGCCCAAACCAGAGCGGCUGGAUACGCUUAUUGAUUUCGGAUUAGCGGUGGAGAAUCUGGUUGUUCAUCUACAAGCCGCCAAACAAGACAACCAUCUAACGAAUCCUGUGUUGUUGCAAGAGCUGAUCACGAAGUUGCCAACGCAGCUAAGGUUGGAUUGGGCAAGGUACAAGGUCCUACAUCAAGAUCCUACCCUUGUAGCAUUUGGGGAAUUUAUGAAUGAGCUCAUUCAAGCAGCAAGUGAAGUAUCAUUCGACCUACCGACCUCCUUAACCACGAAGACAGAGAAGCCAAGGGAUCGAGAAAGGGCCUAUGUGCAUGCUCAUGACUUCGUCGAUACGGAGUCGCGAAACACCGGUGCUGUGAAGAAGCUACCUAAACCGUGCAUCGUUUGUGGAACUAUUGGGCAUCGUAUUGCCGAGUGCGAGGAAUUCAAGGAAAAAUGCGUGGACGAGCGAAUGAAGAUAAUGCGACAGCACAACCUGUGCCGUACCUGUUUGAACUUUCAUCAGAAGUGGCCCUGUCGAACAUGGCAAGGCUGCGGCAUUGAAGGAUGUCGUGAUCGGCAUCAUACCCUGCUACAUCCAUCGGCGAACACCAGUUCCACCCAUCUAUCAUCAACGCAUAGUACAGUCAUCGGGGAGAGCGGUGAUCGCUAUCCGUAUUUUCGAAUACUUCCAGUGAUAGUGUCCAUAGCCGAUAAAUGGCAAACGAUAUUCGCUUUCAUCGACGAAGGUUCCUCCUCCACCCUCUUGGACCGAUCUGUGGCAGAACAGUUGGGAUUGAAAGGACAAACAGAACCUUUAACGCUACAGUGGACUGGCAACGUCGAACGUCGAGAGUCUAACUCAAAAAAGGUGUGUUUUCACAUCGCUAGUGCCGAGAGAGCUGGUACCUUCCAGGUACAAAACGCCCAUACCGUCGAACGACUUCUACUACCAAAACAAUCGCUUCCGUAUGGCGCACUCGCUGAGAGAUAUCCGCACUUACGCGGACUACCGAUCGCUGACUACGAGCAGGCCGAGCCAAAAAUUCUAAUUGGACUUGACAAUUUGAGAUUAUGCAUUCCUCUCAAAAUUCGUGAAGGACGCUCCGACGAGCCCAUCGCUGCAAAAUGCAGGCUAGGUUGGACAGUUUAUGGGUACAGCGCCUGCGCAUCAACACCAACGGUUUCGGUCAAUUUUCACGUACCAGCGGCACAAGACGCGGACCACUCUUUGAAUGAGCAACUGCAAGACUUUCUUUCGCUGAAUCAGGCGGGAACGGAUUCAUCUUUCGAAGUUCCGGAGUCCGAAGCGGAUAAAAGGGCCAGAAGGAUAUUGGAGGAAACAACUCGCAGAGUGUCCACCCGAUUUGAAACCGGGCUUUUGUGGAAAGCUGACAACAUCGAGUUUCCCGACAGUUUUCCGAUGGCGAUUAAAAGACUUGAGGCGUUGGAGAGAAAACUAUCUAGGGACCCCGCUCUUCGAGUUCGAGUUCACCAAAAAAUGAAGGAAUACUUGUCCAAAGGAUACUGUCAUCUGGCAAGCCCUGAAGAGCUGAACUACUCGGUACAACGAAUUUGGUAUCUCCCGUUGUGCGUAGUCGUCAAUCCGAAAAAGCCUCAAAAGGUGAGAAUUGUCUGGGAUGCAGCGGCCAAAGUCGAAAACGUCUCGUUUAAUUCGGCUCUGCUCAAGGGUCCAGACAUGCUAACGAACAUUGUGUUUGUCCUGUACCACUUCCGCGAACACCAAAUAGCCGUAACCGGGGACAUAGAAGAAAUGUUUCUCCGGAUCCUCGUGCGACCACAGGAUAGUUCGUCUCAACGAUUCUUAUGGAGAGAAGAUCCAAGCGAAGCUCCCUCCAUAUAUAUAAUCGAGGUGGCGAUAUUCGGGUCGACUUGCUCCCCAAGCUCGGCCCAAUUCGUGAAAAAUACCAACGCGAGAGAGCACAUGGAAUUGUUCCCUAGAGCGGCCACAGCAAUUAAGCAUCACUAUGUUGAUGAUUAUUUAGAUAGCUUCGAAACGAUUGAAGAAGCGAUAGAGAUAGUCAUCAAGUAA